GCCCCGCUCCUCCGCGCACCGACACCUCCCACCUCGUUCGCCGGGAUAAAUAGAGGAAAGCGCCGCUCUGGAGCCGGCCAUCGACGGAAUCUCCCUCGAGAGACUGUUCUUGUUGCUCUGGUGACGUCAAGGAUGAGCAUUUCUGUAUUCCGAUCCGUGAAUCCUUUGGCGACGAGAGGUGAUAUUGCAGAGUGCUGUUGAAUGUUGGAAUGUGGGUUCCGUGAUGCGGUUUACUGCUGGGGUUUUGGUGGUGGUAGGAAAUGGAGUGGUAGCGAGCGGUGCGAGGAGGAGGAAAGGCGGGGUUUUGAUCGGGAUCGCGUAAGCAAUGCCGUUCCAGAUGAAGAUUCAACCGGUGCACGCGAGCGGAGCGAUGGCUUUCCUGCCGCGGAGCGACCCGGUGAAGCCUGUGGCCAAGUCGCGGCUGAAGCGGCUCAUUGAGCGGCAGUUCCCGAGCGUCCUGAGGAGCUCCUCGGCGGAGAAGACUGCCGGAUUCGGGGAAAGGAGGGAAAAGGAGAGGGAGGACGGAGGCGACAUCGAGCCCAGUUCGGUGUGCUUGGACAGGAUGGUCAUUGGUUUCAUCGAGGGGGGAUACCACGAGAAGCAGCCGCGGGGUCGAUGCAACUGCUUCAACGCGAACUUCGACGACAGCUCCGACGACGACUUCGAUGCCCGCGACAGCGAUGCUCCGGGCUGCGCCGCUGCCCCCAGCGACGUGGCCGAGGCGAUCAAGAGUUUGGUGCUCUGCGCAAGCGUGGUGGAGAGAAAUCUCUUGGCAGAUGCGUCGAAGAUCCUCGAGAAGGCGAAGAACUCGAAGAACAAGGGCGAGUGUCGAAGGAUGGUAUCCGAUGGGCUUCGAUCCCUGGGCUAUGACGCCGCCAUUUGCAAGUCUCGGUGGGAUAAAGAUCCCUCAUUUCCGGCCGGGGAAUACGAGUACAUCGACGUGGUAAUGGACGGCGGCGACCGAUUCCUGGUGGACGUGGACUACAGGUCGGAAUUCGAGGUCGCGCGACCCACCAAGUCAUUCCGCGCGGUCCUCCAGCACCUGCCGCAGGUGUUCGUCGGGCGCUCCGACCGGCUGCAGCAGAUCGUCGCCUUCGCCUCGGAGGCGGCACGUCAGAGCCUGAAGAAGAAAGGUCUUCACGUGCCGCCAUGGAGGCGACCCGAGUACAUGAAGGCCAAGUGGCUCUCCCCCUACCAGCGGACGGCCGACAGGGAAGCCAAGGAGGAGUCGGCGAGCGGAGGGGAGGUCAUCCCCUGUUUGAUCUCGUCCGUCUACUUCUCUGGCGUGUCCGAGGAUUGCGGCGCCGGAGAGGUGGCAGACGACAGGACCAAGGGGGUCGUCUCACCAUGGCGGCCGCCGCCUGCGAGGCCGCAGGCAGGGGUUAAGGUCGUCACCGGCCUUGCUCUGGUCCUCUAACAGUAUGGAAGGAGAAUUAGUCCUUCCUUUCUUUGUGGCAAGAUUGGAUUUUUAUUGCUCUUAAAGUUUUGAGCUGAGAAGAGAACGCUGCUUCUGUAGAGUACUAAUCUUCCAAGUGGAAUCCACCAUGGGAUGAUGUCUCAUGAUCUAGAAUUGUUAGGGUGGUCAUCGUUUUGCUUUCUUCUCGCAGAUUUCUGCGGCGGAAGACAAAAGAUGCAGGGAAGCGUGCAACCUGGCACUCAUUGUUCCCGAUGAAUGCCGAGAGUUUAUUGCACGGAUCGAGGCAUUCUCAGCAGGACUCGGCGAUGUGUUCUUGGGUGGCAGUGGCGGUCUCUCGAGGGGAAACAAUGAUAAAGGAAGGCACAAAAUGAAUGAUUCAACGAUGGAAGCCUCGUGCCGUCUCGAUUCGAUGAUCGUUGUGACAGGAGACGCAGACUCUUCAUUAUCUCCACACGAUGGCUACGCUUCCUGCGUCUUCCAUUUUGUGAUGUAGUAAUAUUGUGUGCGGAGUCCUCUUUGUCACCUGUCUAAUGUCUUGAGGUAAAGAAACAACAGCAUUAGCACAAGAACAAAGAGCAUCAUUGUUGAA